UGGGAGUCGGUGAGUGAGACCGGAGGGAGCGGAGAGAGAAUGGCGGAACCGCACAAACAGGAUAUCGCGGCCAUAUUCCGGCGCCUCCGCUCCAUUCCCAGCAACAAGGUGUGCUUUGACUGCGGAGCCAAGAACCCCAGCUGGGCGAGUAUCACCUAUGGGGUGUUCCUGUGCAUCGACUGCUCGGGGACCCACCGCUCCCUUGGGGUUCACCUGAGCUUCAUAAGGUCGACUGAACUGGAUUCCAACUGGUCCUGGUUCCAGCUGAGGUGCAUGCAGGUCGGGGGCAAUGCCAAUGCGACAGUCUUCUUCCGGCAACACGGCUGCGCCACCAACGACACCAACGCCAAGUACAACAGCCGCGCCUCCCAGCUGUACCGGGAGAGGGUGAAAUCCCAGGCCACACAAGCCACGCGGCGGCACGGAACUGACCUGUGGAUCGACGCUUGCGGGGCCCCACCGCUGUCACCCCAACACCAAGAGGAGGACUUUUUCGCUGCUCAUUCAGAGCAGGAUAAUAACACAUCGCAGGCCCCCCCCCAGGCAGAGGACACCCCCAUAAACGUGAGCUCUGAAAGUGGCCCCGCCAACAACGAAGGGGAGCCGGAAGUGGGUCCCAGCGUCGACUACCUCAGCGUCUCGCCCAAAGCCGCAUUAGCCGAUGCAGAGAAUCUGAUAUCCGCAGGAAACGCUCCUGCCCGAGAAUCCGUCUCUGUUCUAAAGAAGAAGCCCGGAGCCGCCAAGAAAGGGCUCGGUGCCAAGAAGGGGGGUCUCGGGGCGCAGAAAGUGAGCGGCAAGAGCUUCAGCGAGAUGGAGAGACAGGCGCAGGCGGUGGAUAAGCAGAAGGAGCAGGAAGCCGCCACCGUAACCAAACGGGCAGAGGAGCCUGUGGUGGCAUCCUUGCGCCUCGCCUACAAAGACCUGGAGAUCCAGAAGCAGAAGGACGAGGAGAAGCUGAAGAACUUGCCCCCCAAGAAGGCGGCGGAGGCGGAGCGUCUGGGAAUGGGCUUCGGGGCCCGCAGUGGGAUCUCCCACUCGGUGCUUUCGGAAAUGACGACCAUUGAGCAGGAGGCGCCCAAGAGCGUGAAGGCCAAAAAGCUGUAUCAGGAGGAGGAGGCGGAGGAUUUCUAUUUCAGCGCCCCCCGCUCACGGUACCGCGAGGACCCCCCUGAACCCGUCACCAGUUCCUUCCUCAGCUGGGACGAGCGCUCCGAUGAUUAUUGGAAGAUGGACAGUCCCGGCGCUGACACAGAGGUGGCGCUCACUUCAAAGACCACAAGUUACGAUGACAGACCAGCGACUCGGCGCAAACACGACUUGGAGCCGGCGCCGAGCACAGACGACGCCCAGAAGAAGUUCGGCAAUGCCAAGGCCAUUUCGUCGGACAUGUUCUUCGGGAAGCAGGACAGCGCUGAUUACGAGGCCCGCUCUCGCCUGGACAGACUCUCGGGAAACUCCUCCAUUAGUUCCGCUGAUCUCUUCGAUGAGCAGAAGAAAGACCCCACAGGGAACUACACCCUGACGCGGGUGCUCCCCGCAGCCCCCGAUAUGGCCAACUUCAAGCAGGGGGUGAAGUCUGUGGCGGGGAGACUCUCAGUCCUGGCAAACGGGGUCAUGACAACGAUCCAGGACCGAUAUGGAUCGUAACAGGAAGAGACCCCGAGGAGGGCAGAAGCUGGCGGGAACCCACCCCCCCAUCCCAGGGGAGCACUGGGGGCACCUCACUGCUCUUUCCUUCAUUCCUGCCCCAGAAAUCAUUCCCAGCCGGGGGAGACACUGUGCCCUUUAACCCUUGCAGCACCAAAGACCCCCCCAUACUCACCCCCGGCCCCCUAAACCCUCCCCAGAGCCGCGUGACUCAGGUACAGACAGUUCCCACGUGUCCCUGUGUCGCUGGAGAGAAUACGUCCCAUUUGCCUUAUUGGGGCAGCUCCUUACCCCACCCCCCCCCCAUUCUGCCCCCCGCCCGCCUCUCAUGCUGGGCGUGUCUUCUGCUUUGCACAAAUAUAGUUGCACCUUAUUGGAGAGGGAACGGGUUGGGGGGGGGGCUCCGUGUAAUUAAAUCUCUGCGCAUCCCGCUUCGCUUUGGUGUCGUUUCAUGACUUAGCUUUACUCUGCGUCUGGGCAAAGGGGCAGAUGGGGCAUUACAUGGGGGGGCACAUGUUCAUUUAUAUUGAGCCCCAGUGCCCCCACCCCGGGCUCCUCCCCCAUCACCCCAGGCUCCACCCCCGUCAUUAGAGCCUUAAUUGCGUUGCUGGACAAUCAGAGGCCCCCCCGAGCCUCAUUCUGUACAACCAGUGCCCCCCUCAGAAACCAGCAAAGGCUUCUGGGAAUGGAAGUCCAGUUGGCGCGUUUGUAUCUUUGCUUAGAGAAGAGGGGGGGCGCGUUUGCAGUCGCUGCACCCCAAUAUUUAUAGGAAUGAAUCUAUAUGUAUAUACACGCAUACACACAGGUGUGGGAUCUGUUAUCCGGAAUGCUCAGCAGCUGGGGGUUCUGGGGGGCGGGUUUCCAGGUAACAGACCCCUCCCACCUAUAUUGGAAAUAUUAUAUACAAUUUGCAAGUUACAAUAUUAAUUUUACUUGAAAUAAAAGGAAAUCUAUUUGCUCGUUAGUAGCCCUCGUUUAGUUUAGGAAUAAGGAUCCUGGUUUCCAUGGUAACGGAAGGGAAACUUGCUGUGUUUUAGACAGCAUUAUGGGUAUUGUCAGGCUUCAUUUUGUUCUUGGAGGGGGCGGGGCCAAAAUUCUCUUUUUUUUUUUAAUGUGUGUGGUGAUUUCCUGUGGGCGGUUCCUCUGACAAUACCGACGCCAUCUUUGUAUCGAUUUGUACUCUGUAAUAAAGGUUAGAUUGCAACUUC